ACGGCGCGCAGGCGGGCGGGCAGGCUGCGCCGGGGGGCGGGGGCGGCCCGCCUCCAAACCCGCAUCACCUCAGAGGCGAGAGGCGCCCGCCACAGGGCCCGGACGCCGGCGGGGCACGAGGCAGCGCGGUGACAGGCGACAGGAACCCUCGCCCUCUCAGGCCUCGUUCCCCUGAGCCGGCAGGGUCUGGGCGCCCUGGCCUUGCCCACUGCUCCGCCAGGGCUGCCCAGGGAGGCGGCUGCGAGCUCCAAGCGCUGGGCACUCUGCGUGAGCUUGGGGAGGGAGGGGAUACGUGAACAGGAGUGACCUGCUGGGACAAACGGCUCUAAUGUUGCCCUCGAUGGGGGCAUUUCAGUGCCUCCCCACGGACAGACGGUGUCACCAAGCAUUCUUUCACCACAUGCAUUCCUUCAUCUCCCACUGCCCUCUUAGGUGUAUCAGCUGUUGUUUCCUGGAUGUGCUUUCCUCACCCACUAAGGGAAGGGGAGGCCCGUGCCCCACAGGUGCAGCGUCCCUGCAGCUCUGCUGCAUCUGCCGGGGGCAACACCCGUGGCACCACGGUACCCGACCGGGGCAGGUACCCCAGAGCCACGCUACGGCUCUCUCAGGUCACUGGGAUAACCUGACACUGGGUUAAUCUUCUUAUCUCAGCGGGUCCCUCAAAGACUGGGGAGCGGCAUUUCCCACAAGGAAGAACGGGCCCGGAGGUCUUUCUGUGCAAGGGGGAACACAGGUGGGCUGUGAGCGGUGAGGGAGCCCUUUGGCCCCGCCACUCCUCUGCACCAGGGGCGCGUGGCCGUGGAACACCAAGGAAAGGAAAAUAAAAAAACAGGUUGGGAAAAAGUCUGAAACCCCUUAUUCCGCUCGUGUGCAGAUGCGAUUGGUGGGGAACAGCGGCGGGGAGAGCGGGGCGGCGGAGUGACUGUUCGCACAGCAGCCCCACAGCGGCCCCGCCGCCCGCUCCCGUCUCGGCCCGGCCGCCGCCGCUUCCCCUGUCCUGAGCAAACCGGGCCACAGCCACCACCCCGUCUGUCCGCCCGUGCGCUUCACGCCUUUCCCCGUCCGUGCCGAGCUCAUGGAGGGAAUUCUGCAACCCCCUGGAGGCGUCGGGAACAGCCGCCGGAACUCCCUCAAGCCCGCAAAAAGUUUCUUGUCCCUUGAGAAAACGCGGCGUGUAUAGUUCAGCCCCGCGGGAAGAAGCCGCGGUUCCUACCGUCGCCUUCCCUCUCCCCGCGCCGGAGCGCAGAGCCCCGCGGCAGAACCGUGUGGUUUGGGUUUCCUUCCCUCCCCCUCGCCCCCCUUCCACCUGAAGGAAUUUAUGACACAGAUGAAAACUGAAACGGAGCUGGAGCGGCGGCCGAGAGACGCAGUGAUGUCGCCGGGGGAUUAAACGGGGUGGAGGUGAUGUCACCGUGCCUGCACAGCAAAACGCACACAUACACGCACACCCCCCCCACCCCCCGGAGGAGCGGGGCUGCCAAGGGAGCGCGAUCGGCCCCACGUCACUCGUGCCACUGGUAUAAAUGCGGUCCCGCGAUGUCCAUGGCUGUCGGCGCGGCGGCUCCCGCGACUUGACUGCAGCCGGGCUCCGGGAGGCAGUGCCGCUCCGCGCCCUUCGGCCGCCGGGACCCGCGGGGCGGCGGCGGGCGGCGGCGGACAAGGAGAAGAAGCAGGAGGAAGAGGAUGCUGCGCGCCUUGGUGGCGGUGUCCCUGUGGCUGCGGGUGAGCCCGCGGGCGCAGGGCGCGCCGUGCGAGGCGGUGCGCAUCCCCAUGUGCCGCUCCAUGCCCUGGAAUAUCACCCGCAUGCCCAACCACCUCCACCACAGCACCCAGGAAAACGCUGUCCUCGCUAUCGAACAGUACGAGGAGCUGGUGGCCACCGGCUGCAGCCCGGUCCUGUCCUUCUUCCUCUGCGCCAUGUACGCCCCCAUCUGCACCCUGGAGUUCCUCUACGACCCCAUCAAGCCGUGCCGCUCCAUCUGCCAGCGCGCCCGCGACGGCUGCGAGCCCAUCAUGCGCCGCUACAACCACAGCUGGCCCGAGAGCCUGGCUUGCGACGACCUCCCCGUCUACGACCGCGGCGUCUGCAUCUCCCCCGAGGCCAUCGUCACCGACGUGCCGGAGGAUGUGAAGUGGACGGACUUCACACAGGGCUUUAUGGUGCCGGACAGACCCCUGGAACCUGACUGCAGGAGCCGUGGCCAGGAGCGGUGCAGGUGCAAAAAGACAAAGCCUACGCUGUCAACCUACUUGGCCAAGAACUACAGCUACAUCAUUCACGCUAAAGUAAAAAGCGUAGAAAGAGGGAACUGCAACGAGAUAACCACUGUGGUUGAAGUCAAAGACAUACUCAAGUCUUCAACACCAAUUCCUCUGUCCCAAGUGCCUCUUCUUACAAAUUCCUCCUGCCAGUGCCCACCUCUUCAACCAAAGCAGGAUGUUCUCAUCAUGUGCUAUGAGUGGCGCUCAAGGUUGAUGCUUCUUGAUGGGUGUCUAGUUGAAAAAUGGAAGGACCAACUAAACAGAAGAUUUAAGCGGUGGGAACAGAGACUGCAAGAACAGAAGCGGCGAACUGCGCGCAGUAAGAGCCAGAAUUCGGGACGCAGUGGUCAGAGUGGAGCCCUGAAACCGCAAACCAAGAACACCAACCCACUGAUCAGUGGCCCCAAAAAGGCCAUUAAAACAAGAAAUGGCCAGAAAGAAAUCAACCCCAAAAAAGUAUGAGUGUGAAAUUCCUGAACGAAGGACUUUCCCUGCACGACAAGGGUCACAAUCUGGCUUGGUCAGCAUGUUUUAGUAAUCUGGAACUCAUCGACUUAAAAAAUUAUGUAAUUUUCUACAUAGACCUCUUUGCUGCACUUUACUGUUACAAGGUUUGCUUAUCCUUUUAAGUCACUGCAAGCCAUAGAGCAUAGGUUUGCACUAAUAUGAGGUAGGCAUAUUCCAGCUGACUGAGCUUUAUCUUUGGGCUCUGAUUUCCCAUCUAGACAGAACUAGCCUUGGCUGCCAGAGGUUUUUACUCCUUGUACCAGUGGCCUGGUCUGUUUCCCUGCCAGAUGUUGGAGAGCUGCGUGGAGUUUCUCUCUCUCCUCAGCUGGUGUAGUAGCUGGUGAGUUAGUCUGUGAGUUAGUCUGUGAGUCAGCUGAGAGCUCAUUAGACCAGGCAGCUGAGGAGCAGCAGAAGGAUGGUAACCUCUGGCAGAUAUCUCAGGCAGCAAUGACUGCAGCUGCUGGAGCUGAACAUAUCUGCUAUUUGGAAUCACAGCCCUUGUUCAGAGUGUUCAAAAGCAUAGUUUACCAUUAAGCAUCUGGGUAUGCAUUAUGUGAUUAUUUUUAUGAGUGUGCCAAAAAUAUGCUUAUAGUGAUAUUAUUUGAUCUUGUGGGUUUGUGUAGUAAAAAAUGCAUUCAAAGCAGACAUUUAAUUUUUUAAAUUGUACUUCAGGCUGGCUUCUGUUGUUCUAAUUUCAAAUAUAUUUAAACAUCUAAUUGAGAAAUCUGUAUUUUUUUUAAAGGACCAAUUAAAGUGAACAGAUCUGUAGAAUUCUUAAAAGUAGCACAUUUGCUGUAAUAUUGCUUUGCUAUGAAAACUGGAAUAGAAACUUUAUUCUAAAGAUAACUGACAGCUACUGUACAGUAUUAAGGAGAAGAUAGGGCUUCAAGUGGCUCAGUAAUCAUUUGGAUAACUUUUUAUCAUUUGAUACAAUAUUUCUAACCUUUCUCUGAGAUUAAAUAAAUAAAUAAAUAAAUAAAUAAAUCAGCUUUGUCCCUAUUACUGAGCUUCUCAAAGCAACUGGCUAUCUGCAUUUUUUCUUAUCAGAAAGUAACAUUUACUCUGAAAAGAGUGACAGGAAAACAGAUUCUUUUAUCUAUGUGUUAAGUUUACUGGCUUAAAAUUUUCUGUAUGAAGUAUUAGAACAACAAUGGUGAUACAAAUCUAAUCAAUAUAACUCCAAGGUGGCAUUUGUGCUAUUCCUUCUGAGGUAUACUUCAAUGAGGCAGCAUAGAUAAUACAUUCUGAUUUCAUUUUCAUGUAACACACAAGAAGAUCACCAACAUUAAGAUCAGAAGAGCUCAUGAUAGAUGCCUGAAAGGCCUUCCAGAUUUCCUGCAGGAAGACUAAAAACUUGUCAAUUCUGGUAAAAUGAGGAUUUUUAAAACAGAGCAGUUCUACAUCAGAAAAAAAAAGAGGAGUUCUGUGUUGAUUAUCAUAAGAAAUAACAAUUGGUCAUACCAGUAUGUUGAUCUUUGCCAUGACAAAAUUUCCAAUGAAAUUUGCAUGUGUGAAAUUCACAGCAAAACAUGCUGGAGUUAUUCUGGUAGCAGAAUCAUACUUGGGAAUUUGCUAACGCGAAUCUGGGACAUAGAUGCCAAGUUACAAUGUUUAAGACAGACAGACACAGGUGUUACAAGAAAAUGGAAUAAUAGCACAUAGAAUAAUUUGAAAACAGACUACAAACUUAGGUGCUUAAAUACAGCCUAUAGGUGGAACCUUAAUCAUGUUCAUUGGAAUGGAAAAACUGAAAUGGAAAUCAAAGGAGACAGAAUUUCACUUGCAGAUGACUAAUUCAGGUUUGAAAAUGCUGACUUAAGUAAGCAUGAUCUAAAAGGUUGGAAAACUUUUAAAAUAGUUUUAUGUACUGUGUAGCAGGAAUUCUUAAGUUUUGAUUACCUAUUGAUCCCAUUUUCAAGUACCCCAAUAAAUGUGUAUAUGGUUAGCCAUUAAAGAAUGAGUGACAGUCACAUCAAUGUGAUGUUGAAAUAACAAAUACUGAAUGAUAUAUCACUUCAAGAAAUUUUAUUGUGAAAAUUGUCAAAUGUGGUGUUUGUUAAAUGAAAUUUUUGGAACAGCUA